UCCUGCCUUUUCUCCCCUCAGUGUGGGAAAGGGGUUUGGUCAGCCAGGGGUGUCAGCAGCCCUGUCCCACACCCAUUGUCUACACCUAAUCUGGUGGCAGGGAGGCCACAGAGUACAGCGAUUGGAACUGGGUGAGAGGCAGCCGGGCCCCACGCCGAGUCAAGUGCAUGGAAUCCUGACUGUCAGCGGUUAGGGAUCUUUCUGCUUUUGGGAGGGAAGUACUUGUUCCACACGUCUCACCAAAUAUGGCACGGAACCUGAUCUGUCGCAAGUGGGAGUUUAACCAAGCUAGAGGGGGACCAGGGCCCUGGCCCAGUCUCUGACACCUACCUUCUCUCCCACCUUCUACUCUGCCAGAAGACUAGGAGAAUCUGAAAGCAGAGGUGGUGCAGCGUCACUAGCUCCAGGAGUCCAGAAAAACAGGGAUACGGCAUUCUGGGAGGUCGAGGUGGAUGGAUCCCUUGAGCUCAAGAGUUGGAGACCAGCCUAGGAAACACGACGAAACCCCAUCUACAAAAAGCAAAAAUUAGCCUGGUGUGGUGGCGCAACCUGUAGUCCCAGCUACUCAGCAGGCUGAGGUGGGAGGAUUGCUUGAGCCUGAGAGGUCCAGGCUGCGGUGAACCAUGAUUGUGCCACUGCACUCCAGCCUGGGUGAUAGAGUGAGACCCUGUCUCAAAAAAACAAAAACAAAAAAAACAGAGCUAGGGCUGGGGAGCCUAUGGCCACUGAAUCUGAGCCCCGGGGCCAGAGGAACUGAGCUCCCAGCCCUGUGGCUGCCAAGGAUCCUUUUUCUUCGAGCUUGCAGGGAUGGAGAGAGAGAGACAGUCAGUGCCCAUAUGUUAGCAAUGCAGACUCCAAGAGAAGGGGGCAUGCUCACAGAUUAGAGGAAGUGAGCCCCUCUUGCAUGUUCCACUCCCACCAUCCUCCUGGGACCCCAGCCUGCACGACCCCCAAAAGAUGCUUUUGCACUGGUUCAGUGAAUAUACAAUGCAAAGGCCUAAUUGAAGACCUGUGAAUGGUGUGUACGAUCCUCAGUUCCCAGCUGAGGGGCCCCUCGGGCUCCCCAUAUUCCCCUCAGCCUCCCCAUCUUCCAGCAGGGGUGUGGAGUGCAUCCAUGGCCACGAGUAUUGAUCUGUCCCAGCCUCUACAUUGCCCCGAGGCAGUUCUGAGUGGAUGAUGUGCAGAUGGGAUUCCUCAGGUCAUUUGCAUGGUUGGCGUUAUGGCUGCUGCUUUUACUGCCACAACUCCCAGGCCCAACCUGGCUUAAUGUCUAAGUUUUAAGCUAAAAAAGAUGGGGAGCCAGAGCUUUGUGGCAGGGCUGGGGGUUGGGGCCCACUUUAGUUUUGUGGCAGGAUGAAGGCUGCAGUGGUUUUAUUAAUCAUGAUUGGCCUGGCCAUAGCUCCAGGCUGAGAGGGACAGGUUUGUCAGUGGUGGUCCCCCAGAUGUCCCUGUUCACAGCCCUGGCCUGUCUGCCCUCAGGCCCAGCAGGAGGCGCUGCCACAGGCUCUGACUGGUGUCCCUACUCCCUGUACCCCAGAUGGACAUAACCUUGGGGUCUAGAGUCGGAAUAUAUCAUUCUCCCCAUUUUAACCUGAGCUGCCUGACACAGGGAGGGUGUGGUGGGUAAGGGGCCUAGGGGACCAGGGUUGAAUCAUGGAUCCUGGGGAAAGGUUGCAGACACAGGAAGGGUUGUCACCUCUCUGUGGAGCCCCGCUGCAUGCCACACAGCACCUUCUGCAGAGACUAGCUCUGAGAGUGGUAGGGGACCCCACAGGCCAUGGCUGCUCCCUCUCUGCACCUGUCUGUGCCUGCUGUGGAAGCCUGGACUUGGGGAGGAGCUUGCUACCCUGUGAGCCUGAGGGAGCCUGUCUGGCUGUGACCUCUACCUGGGGCUUUGCAGAGAGCUGCUAAUGGGUACCAGACACCUUGUUUCAGAGGGAAUGGGCAUGAGCUGGCAAGUGAAGCACCCCCACAGCUUAUCAGGAACUUUUUCUCAUUUUUAAAGUAUCAUGUCUUCAUUUCACAUUGGAAUCAAGUGAGGGUUUGAAAUCUGCUGCCCCAGUCUCUGGAUUGUGAGGGCUAUUGUCAAACAGGUUACUAGGAGAGGAAUAUGUAUAAAUUAGCUCAAAUUCAAGGUUAUGCUUGUAAUGUCACCUGAGUGGGAAGUAAGAGGGUGGAGUCAGAGGCACUCAGCUGGGAUUUACCUGGCCCAGUCACUAGACUCAUGGGAUUGUGGCACAGGUGAACAUCCCCUGUCAUUGGAGAAAAAAGGCUGGAUUGAAGGCCAGGUGGGGGAGGGGUGCUAGGCUGUGGGGUCAGGCCCUGGGCAUGCUGGACCUGUUAGGUCACUGAACAUCUGACUGGGCACCUGCCCCUGUCCUUUCAGUUGAGGUGGGAUUGGCAGCACCCCCCCAGAAGGCGUGCAGUGCCGGGAGAGUGGAGGAGGGUCUGACUUUUGCCAUCCUGUGGUAGGUUUUAGAGCUAACUAGAUGCUUGUGGAGGGCUAAUGACAUGGGAAGAAGGCAGCCCACCUUGAUGGACCAGAGGGAUGGAGCCUGCGAUGUGAGAAGCGGGUGUGUGGAGGUGGCCUGUCUACAAAAGGGCAAGUUUAAGGCUCACUGCAGUGGCACUAUCUCAGCUCACUGCAACUGGUGGCUGCUGCAAGGCCAUCCCUCUCCAGAGCAGGGAGGCCCUCAGCCUCAUGUAUAAUUGCCUUUUGGGAUGCUUGGAUAGUCCUUCAUGUCUUGGAAAUUCGGAAAAGAAAAAAAAAAUACAAUCCUCAUGUCUGUUAGUUUCCCUGAGCCAACUGGAAAAAAGAUGUCCCUGACCCCAAGAUUUUAAGUAACACCCAAGGGAAGCCACCGUUACCUUGGCCAUUGAAGCCUCCUGCAUGCUCCCCAAAACCCCCAGCAGUUCCCUCUGCAGUCCCACAGUUAUGCCCGGAGCAGUGGGGUACCGUGUGAUGAGAGAGGUGCUAAGGGAUGGGAUGAGGGUCUUUCCUGCCUUAUUAGAACGGUUAAAAAGUUGUUUUAAAGGUGUCCAAAUGCCCUCCUUCUUAAACUUAAUUAGCUAAUAAGGUGCCUUAUACAAGCAAAACCAGGUACGGGAAAGCAAGUGCAUUUCAAGUCCAAGCUCACCCCUUAAAUUAGCUGUAAUAUCCUCAGCAGGCGGCCCCACCUCAAUGAGCCGGUCCCCCAUUCAAAAAACAGAACGAAUGAGGGGGCGGGGCCUGGAGCUUUACCCAAUCAGUGGCGUUGGGGUGGAAAUCGUCCAAUCGGGAGCAGCCGGAGAGCAGGGGCGGCUUCCGGGAUUUGGCUGGGGCCUUUGUUGGCUGCAGUAAGAGCUCGGGUCUUCUUCACCAGGGCUCCGAGUCCUGCUAUCUGGGAGGCCCAGGCGGCUUCGAGUUCUGAGAAUAGACAGAACCUCUGUUGCUCUGUGACCUGCAGGCACUGGGAGAUCCGUAGCUAAGACGCCAGGACAUCCCGGAAGCUGGGAAAUGGGACUGUUGACAUUCAGGGAUGUGGCCAUAGAAUUCUCUCGGGAGGAGUGGGAACACCUGGACUCAGAUCAGAAGCUUUUAUAUGGGGAUGUGAUGUUAGAGAACUACAGAAACCUGGUCUCUCUGGGUCUCACUGUCUCUAAGCCGGACCUGAUCACCUUUUUGGAGCAAAGGAAAGAGCCCUGGAAUGUGAAGAGUGAGGAGACAGUAGCCAUCCAGCCAGAUAUCUUUUCUCAUGAUUCUCAAGGCCUCUUAAGAAAGAAGCUUAUAGAAGCAUCAUUCCAAAAAGUGAUAUUGGAUGGAUAUGGCAGCUGUGGCCCUCAGAAUUUAAACUUAAGGAAAGAGUGGGAAAAUGAGGGCAAAAUAAUCCUAUGGUGAAAAAAGUCAACACAGAUAAUCUCUGCUUGAGAAAAAGGAUCAAAGACAAGUGAAUUUUCUGAGGGUGAUGAAAGUAUUACUUUGAAAAGGGGUGAAGUUUAUACGGGUCUAUUUAUUUGUCUAACAUGUACAGUUAAGGUUUAUGCCUUGCAGUGUAUGUACAUCUUCACAAAAAAAAUCUUAAAAAAAUUAAAUGGGUGGGGGUAGGGAAAGGGUUGAAGUACAGAUGAAGCAGAAGUGGUACAUGAUUAGUAGUUGAAGCUGGGGGCAGGUCUAUGUAUCUUAUUUUUAUGUCUUUAAUAGCAUUUGUAUAAAUGUACAAUAUUCAUUUACAAUGUUAGCUCAGGAUCUUGCUUACCUUUGGACAGGGAGGGAGGGAGAAAUUUAUUUUCUGGGCAGGAGUAAAGCUGGUUCUAUUCCUCAGUUAUGUAAAUUAUCUGUUAUAAUCCAAAAAGCUUUACAUGAAUGUUUCUGUAUGUAAUGUUGUAUAUCAAUAAAAAAUUAAAUAUUACAUAUUUGCACCAAAAUCCUAACUCACGAUCUCAGAAUGUUAGCAGUGCUUUCUUUUGUUGUGAAGUGGAACACAAUCUCAUGUCAUUAGCAGAUGGGUUUGAAUAUUCUAAAGUAUCAAUGUCCUAAUCUUAUGGGCACCUCUUGGGUCUUUCCAUUUUUGCCUUCAUUUGGUAAGUGGCAUGGUUUUGAUUUUUUGAGAUGAAACUUUUUCCCAGCAAAGUCUUUUCCCCCACAGUGAUUCUCUGAAAGCCAGGACACCUAGCACAGGACCCUGGGCAUAGUAUGCACUCAGUACAUGUGGAGCGUGUUGAUCAGGAACAAAAGAAGUAGCAAAGGUCAGUUCCUGCAAAGGUAAGUGGAUAAUACAGGUAUGACUGAAAGGCUGCAACUCAGGAGUAAACAUUUUACAUUCAUUCAAGAGACAAUUUGCAACUAGUACACCAAAAAAUUUUGGCUGAAAGCAGUAUUUUGGGGGUUUGGCUAAACUCUGUAAUCACCUGGAGAACUUUAAAUAAUACUGAUGUCUGGCCCCUACUCCAGGGAUUUUGAUUUUAUUGGUCUGUUGCAAUUUGGGUUUUGGGAAUUGUAGGGCCUCUGCAUGUGACUGUAAUGUGGAGCCAGGGGUGAGACCCACUGUUUCAGGGUGAGGGAUGCAUUAGCUGUGUGUGAUUUUCAUGUGUGCUGCAGGUAUUUGCCCUGUGAACAUUCCUGCAUUUGGAGUCUUGGAAAUUGCAGCAGGAAGAAGUGUCUCUCUACAGAUCUAUUUUUUAUGUCACUUGCUUUUAGAGUAAGAGGUUAUUUCAGGCACAGUAAUUUGAUUUAAUCUGUUUUCAAAUACUAAAUGAAAAUACUAAAAUGAAAAGAAUUUGCAAACAUGAGAAUUUGCAAAUAUGUGGAGUGUGUUCUUAUGUGCUUUCCAAUUUCUCUGAUGAUAAGAAAUGAGUAAUGUUGGGCCUUAAUUUCCUAAGCUAAGCCCUUAGACACUUUCUCAAAUUAUUUGAAGACCUUCCAAGUUGCUUCAGAAGCAUUGUCCAAAGGAGAUUAUUCCCAAUAGUGAAGAAUAAUAGAUGGAUGGGAAUGUCUAAGGAAUCCAACUUCUGUCACAGAAGUGGCACUCUCCAGAACCUCAAGGGCCCAUGGAGUUCAUGGGCUUUGGAGUCAGGCAGAGUUGACCCUGAGUCCCAUCCCAGCCUCUUAAUAGACUAGUUACUUGACUUGGAACAGUUAUGCAAGACAAAGCAUGAUACUGAUUGCAGUAAUGGGAACAAUUAAUUCCUCUCUGUAUCCAUGCCCUUUGCAAUGCAUGUUUUUAGCUACUCCCAUGGAGGGAAAGAUUCUGUUUAUCCAGUCCUUGGAUCUGACUGACCUUAUUUGCUGUGGCCAAUUCGUACUCAUUGUUCUAGUGAAACAAUUAGGCAUGUUUUGCUCCUCAUUCUAGUCUUUAAAAAGAUAUUUUAUGAAAUUGUAUUUCUACUGUAUUUGGCUAUAUUCAUUCUGCUCAAUAUUCUAAUUCACUAGUCCUCUUAUCGUCUCUGUUUAAUUUAGUGGUGCACCUGUACAUUGUCUGGUAACUUAAUUUUGUAUUAUUCAUAUUCUAUUGGGCUGUUGUUCAAAUAUGGCUUUUAAACUUUAGUUGCUUGUUCUUUCUACAAAAAUAAACAUUGAUUUUCUACUUUUCAUUGUAUUCAUUUAAACAUUUUAAAUAUAAUUCCAAUGUGCAAAGCUGUUGCAUAUUUUUUCUUCAGACAUUUCUUCCUUAUUAUGUCACUCAGUUUUUCCUUUGGUUCUCACUUUUGGGAGAUACCAUAUUUGGGGUGUCUAUAGUCAUAUUAUUUCCAGUGUUUCUUUCAUUUUCCCUGGGAACAAGAUGAAAAACACACAUAGAUUUGACAUCCUUGUGAUGAGUCAGUAUCUGAAGGGAGCAUUUUUUUCUUAGUUUGACUACUCUGGAUCAUUAUCUUGAUUUACUUCUGCUCCUGUGAAGUUCUUAUAUUUUCCUUUAACUCCAUUCAGCAACUUAAAGGUUCUUGUAACUUCUUGAGGAUUUUUUAGUUGUCUAUACUAAAAUAUUUAAUAAUAUAUAGCAUUUUUCCUAAAAGCACAAAUAUCCAUGGUGUACAUGAGUAAAAUAUUUCAAUAGACAUUAUGCAGCAUACAGCAGAAUCUUAUGAGAUAUCCCGUUUCUUCAUUCAGAACAUUCCUCUCGAAUAUACCAUGUGGUAAUAGUAAUUUGUAAACAGUAGUUUUUUGAUACUUAAAAAUUUGUUUUUUAUACAUUUCUGAAACUAUAUACUUCAUGCCAAUGAACAGAACUGAUCUAGAUACAGCCAGAAUUACUGUUUCUCUAUAAUAUUAAAAUAAUAUUGAUAAAAUUAUUUACCUGAAUUCACGUCUUUUGGCUUUAAUCAUUCUGCUUUCUUUUUAGCAUGUUUCUGAAUUUACAAAAGAAUCUGUUUGGAUUUCUACUUGUUCUAUAAACUAAUUAAAAGAGACAAGGGAAAUUUGUGUGUGGCUAGAUAGUACUUGUUGGUUACAAUUGAUAAUUUCUAGUGUCAUUUUAGUUGCCUUGAAAAUAGUGACCUCUUGAAUUUCUGCUAUCAUAAAAUUCAUGUCAUUGUUAGGCCUACACUUUGCCAUUCAGUUUUUUUCACCUCUGGUACUAGAAUAUAAUGUGUAUCUUCUCUUUACUGGUGAAAAAUGCUACACAUUUGUCUCUACCUAAUUAGUGAAACUAUAUGUAGCAUGUUUAUGUUCAUUUAGUUACUGUAUACCAAAACAUUUUAUUUCUGUGAUGGUCUUAAUUUUACCUAACAGGAUUGUAAAUGGCUUAGUUUGUCAUUUUUCAUGAAUUUCUGUAUUAUACAUUUCAGGUAUUAAGUCCAUGUGUAACUGGCUUAGAAUAAUCCCUAACACAUUGUAGGGGCUAAUACAUACUAAUCACUCUGCUUCCUCAAAUUUCUGUUUGUUCGUACCAUUCUUCAUUUACUAAAUUAUUUUGUGUACAGUAGUCACAUUUGUUUUUCUGUCCUCUCUAAAUAUUUAUUAAAAAGAGGAGGUAGACUAAUGUGUCAUGUUGAUAAAAUUCAAUGUCAAAUGGUAUGCUUCACUGUUUUUUGUUAGAUAUAAUAGCUUUUUUGACUCAAUGAAAUUUUAGUCAUAUUCUCAAUACUAAAACAGAGGAAGCUUUUCUAUAGCUGAUUGAAAUUUAUCACUUAAAUUUUAAAAAUUAUGGGUAAAGAAUUUUACCCUUUAGCUUGUGCUAGUAGUAUUGCAGGGUCUUUACUCAUAUUCCCCUUUUUUGUUUUCUGAGCAUAUUUUUGAGAGUGGAAUGGACACAUUCUACUAUGGCCUGCCCUUGGGGGUUAUACAGGAUGCCUGUGGAAUGUUGGAUGUUCCAUAUGUGAGAAAAUUGUUGAAAUUGUGAGCUGGCAUAAGCCAGACUAUUAUCAGUUUUAAUUUUUGUGAGCUGCCCCAUAAAUGCAAAAGCUAACAGGAGAGGUUUAAUAACAUAUCAGAUGGAGUUUCCAGGAAGAGCAUGUGCGCUAAUUAGCUGAGAAUUGGUAUCAAUGGAUACAAGUACGUAUCUUAGUUUUCCAAAUUCAGGGAUGUGUGUAACAUCUGUUUGCCAUAACUGAUUAGGUUCUAGUUUUCUAGGGUUAACACCUGUUGAAGGAGAGGACAUGCCUGUGAGCUGGCAAUCUGGGCAUUGCAGGGUAAUAUGUUUAGCUAGUCUUUGAGUAAGUCGAAAUUGUUUAGUUAACUUCCUCCAACUUUGGUGGAAAAAUUGAUGUGAUUUGGUGGCUUGGUCAAGCAGUGAUGUCAUGACUUGCAGGUCAUGAGUGAUUAUUGCCAUAAACCAGUGGGCUAGGCAGUGAGCUGUGGGCUCGAAUAUGUGUGAUAAAAAUAGGAUGUGUACGUUGAUCCAGCAAUUGCUGAAGUCAAAGAAAAGGUGCACACAGGGUGGGCUUGAGAGUAGACUUAAUGAGGGCUGUUUCAAGGUUCUGCAAUAGAGUAAGCAGAGUCAGUAACAAUAUUCAUGCGCUGAGCAGAAAAGGUCUCCAGGGCCAGUAUUAUGGCUCCAACCUCAGCUCUCUGAGUGCUAGUAAAUCCAGAACGAGUUAGGGAAUUAUGUGGUCUCCACCAAAUAGCCGCUUUUCCAUCUUUAACAGAGCUGUCAGUAAAAAGCAUUAAAAUGUUAGUUAUGGGGGAGUGAACUACUUUUGUAGGCACAACUACUGGAGUAUGAGAUAAGAAUUGAAGUAGUUUGUCAGCAGGAAGGGCAUGCUCUAUAUGACCUGCAUAAUCAGAGAGUGCUAUCUGAAGAGCUAGAGAUGGGGCAAUACUCCUUUGAAUUGCUUUUUACUCAAAGGAAUUCUUAUGACAUCAGGGUCAUAACCUAGCAACUGAUUGCAUCAUCUAUGGCAUGUAUAGAUGACUUUACUAACUAGCUGGAUAUAGGGAGAUACUGUUUUAGUCCCAGUAUGUGAGCAAAAAAUCCAUUCUAGGAAGCGUAGCCCUGGAGCUAUCCUGUUGGGGAAUGUUUAGUAGGAAAAACAAACAAUUUAACUGAAUGUUUUGGGUCUAUGCAAUCUAGUUGCCUCUGAGAAAUAGCUUGCUCUAUUUCCUCAAUUUCCCUUUUUGCUGCAGGCGUUAAAUACCUGGGAGAGUCUAGGGCUGUAUUGCCCUUUAGGAUAGAAAACAGGUUUUGUAACUUAUCAGUAGUUAUGCCAAAGGUGGGAUGAAGCCAAUUAAUAUCGCCCAGUAAUUUUUGAUAAUCAUUUAGGGUGUGUAAGUCACUAGUAUUUAAUUUAACCUUUUGAGGUCUUACUGACUGGGAAGUUAGUAAGUAUCCAAGAUAUUUCCAAGGGAAGACAAUUGUACCUUUUCAGGGAUUAAACCUCUUAACUGUGUAUUCUUUACGACAGAGGCAUAUAAACUUAAAAGGACUGGCUCCGUUGGGGCUGUUAGUAAAAUAUCCAUAAAAUGAAUAACCUUGCAAUUAGGAAAUUUGUUUCUACUGGAGAGCAAAGCCUGAUUUACAUGAUACUGACACAGGGUAGGACUGUUCAGCAUUCCUUGAGGAAGUACUUUCCAAUGAAAUUGGUGAGCUGGCCUUUCAUUAUUGAUAGCUGGUAUUGUAAACACAAAUUUUCCCCUCUUCUGUUCUACAAGGGGAAUAGUAUAAAAGCAGUCUUUUAAGUCAAUAAUGACUAUAGGUCAAUCUUGAGGAAUCACCACGGGGGAAGGGAGGCCCUGUUGAAGGGUCCCCAUAGGUUGUAAAUUAGCACUGAUAGCCUGUAAACCAUGCAAAAGUCUUCAUUUGCCAGAACUUUUGGGAAUGAUGAAAAUGGGUGAAUUCCAAGAGCUGUUUGAUGGUUCUGUAUGGCUGGCUUUUAAUUGCUCCUCAUUUAAUUCAUGGGCUCAUUGUAAUUUCUCUCCCUUUAAAAGCCACUGUUCUACCCCAAUUGGAUCUUGAGAGAGCCACAUCAGGGGUAGGGGAGGGAUAAUAACAGUGGCCAUUAUUAGAAAGGGGUCUGCAGAGUGACCCCCCCCAUUGGGCUAAUAGGUCCCAUCCCCAAAGAUUAACAGGGAUGGGCAUGAUUAGAGGCUGUAUAACUGCCUUUCUUCCCUCCAAAUUGCAACAUAUUAGGGGGCAUGUGCUCUACUUCGCUGUGUGCACUUCCCCAGUGAUGACAAUUUUUUGUUUCUGAGUGACCCAAGCCCAAGUUUCUGGCCAGUUUUGAUCAUUAGUGAUUGAAAUAUCCGCCCCUGUGUCCAAUAAGCCAGUAAAAUUUUUAUUUCCAAUUUUUAAGGUAAUCAUGGGUCUCUGAUCAGUGAUUAAUUGGUUCUGAUAUACUCCUGUGGCUCCCAUGCUUCCAAAACUUCCCUUUCCCCUUUCCUUUCCCUGGCCAUUGGGGACCCAGUCUGGUAAGAGUAGUAACUGAGCUAUCUUUGAUCCAGGAGGAAGAAUAUGCAGACCUUUACAUUCCAUCAUAACUAAUAUCUCACUUUGAUAAUCACUUCAGUUACCCUGGUGAGCACAUUAAUUCCUUUACUGGAUAGGCUUGAUCGCCCUAGGACUACUCCCACUGUUCUGAGAGGCAGUGGGCCCCAGAUCUUGGUUGCAACCCUUUUAGGGUCUUCUCCUUUUAGCACUAAUUCAUUGGGGCAGACUAAGUCCAGUCCUGUGCUCCCAGUGGUGGCUGCUCUGAGAGAGAGGACUGUGGGCUUUCCAUCGACCGAGGAAAGCUGCUGGCAUUAAAAUUUGGACCUGCAUUGAUUUGCCCAAUGUUUCCCCUUUUUAAAUUGGUGGCAUAUAGAAGGGGGUUCUUUUCCUGAGUUACCUUGGUCUCUAUUAUUGGGGCAUUCCCUCUUAAUAUGACCUGGCUUUCCACAUAGAAAACAAUUUGGGUUUUUCUCCCUUUUCACUUUAGGAGGUCUUAAUGCCAUAGCCAAUAUUUUGGCUUUGUGUGUUUCAGUCCCCACCAGUUUAUAUGCUUGUGUAAGUUUCCUGACUGUGGCUGCCUUUCCUCUGCUUGCCUGCAUUGCUUGCUGGCAGUCGACGUUAGCAUUUUCAUAAGCCAGUUGCAGCAAUAAGAUAUCAGUGGCCUGGGCAUGACUAAUUUAUCUCUUAAUUGCCUGGGUUAAGUGAUUGAUAAAUUCAACAAAUGGCUCCUGAGGCCCUUGUGGAACAAUUACGAAAGAUCCCUGUUGAACACUGCUUUCGGGAAUUCGGUCCCAAGCCCUGAGAGCACACAAAGACAUUUGUGCAUAGGCUUGGGUAUCAAAAUGUAGUUGUACAUUGGUAUGGGAACCCCUACCCUGGAGCAUAGCAGUUGUUAUGUCUUGCCUGGCCAAUUGAUUCUGGUUGGCUUGUUGUUCACAUAACUCAUCAUAUUCUGUCUUCCAGAGGAGGUAUUGGCUGGGCUCUAAAGGUUUUUUAGCUAGCACUGACCAGUCCCGUGGACUCAUACAGAAGUUGUCUGCUAUGGCUUCAAUUAAUCCUUUCAUAAAUCGGCUAGCAGCUCCAUUUUCUUUAGUGCUUUUUCUUAUCUCUUUAUAAGCAUCAAAAGAAAUGGGUUCAGAUUCUUGAUUGCCUGUUGAUCUUGCAUUACUGGGCAGGUUAAGAGCUCCCUUCUAAUGCCGCUUGCCCAAGACAGGGUCCCAUAGCUGUAGUGUGCCCCAUGUCUUUUUCCAAUUUAUUGGAGGAGGGGGCUCAGGAAAAACCUCCGUUUCCUCUUUGGUAUUUUUGCCUGUUAAUGGUGGGGCUGAGGGAGAGGAGGUGGUGGUAAGGUAGGUGACGGUUCCUCCUCCCUUACCUUUUAGGCUCUUCUGUGUAGAGCGGGACCAAAGCAGCGCUAACUAAAGCACAUAAUGUUAGAGAUGCUACUGGGACCCGUUGCCCUUGUUCAUGAUGUUGUUUAAAACUUUUACCCACUUGUUCCCAGAGCUGUACGUCUAGCAUACCUUCUUCCAGGAACCAUGGGUUAUGGGAAACAACAGGUUGCAUUAGGUCCCUUAAUUGAGCCUGCGAAACUGAGGCUCCACUAGCUUUAAGCAGCUGUUUCAAUACUUUUAUAUACUGUUGCUGUUGAGCUGAUAACUGUUGUAGCAUGAUGAAACCGUAGCCUAAACAAUUCCCUCGAACUUGGAAAUCCCAAGGGGGCACCAGUGACUUACUGCGCAAUCUCUUCACCUUCAUUUUUGAGGGUUCCAUCACGAUCCAUUGUAGCAUUCCUUACAUGGGGCACAACCUGCCGAGUUUGUCCUGCAGACUCUGGCUGAGUGACGGAUGAAAGAAGUAUGCUGACACAGGUAUUUUGCCUGACAGCGCGGCUAGGGGGACUACACCCCUUAGAACCACUGAUGAGAGUGCAGCUCAGCCAAGAGUGCUUAUCGCCCUAUAAGCCAGUGAUGCACACAUUUAUUUAGCACAGAUUUAAUGACAAAGGCUUGGAGCAAACACAGUUUGUUGAUAAUAAACAUUGUCAAACCCACGAGUAGAGAGCAAUCCUGUGCACGAAUUAUCAAAGAUUGGUUUCUGGAGACAGGAGUAAACAAAUUUAUCUAGAUAAGUUCAUAUACAUUCCCUUUUUAUCUACCCUUUGCUCUCAGGCUCCAGAGAAGGGAAUUUGGCUGCCUUCAGCCAAAUUUUAUUUAGAAGCUUUUGCAAAAUCUCCCAGCCUUCCCAGAAGGCUUGCAUUUUUACUUAUAAUUUUCCCCACCACCCUGACCAAUCUUCUACACCACAGGGGGUAGGGGAAGGAAGGAAGGAAUUAAGGGCACCAGAGAGAGAAAGUAAAAGGUAAAAGACAAUAUUUUAGUAAGGAAGUGACAUUCCAUAGCUUCAGUUGUAUUCUUUUCCCAAGACGUGAGUCGCUAGCCACUUACUGGUUACACUAGGAUGUGUAUACUGGGAAAUGGGGAUCUUUGUGAAUCCUCAUGGAGGCUGCUUACCACAGAGGCCAAGGUGAGACAAAAGGACCUCAUUCUAAAUAGAAUGAGAAGACGUUGGAAGGUCUAUUGCCUCAGGAUGACAUUAUCGAAAUUUUAUUUAAUUUCAGUUCCCUUAUAGUGGAUCUUGGGAAAUGAGACCAGGAGGGGAAGUGACUUUCCCAACAUGCAACUUAUAAAACCCAGGCAUGUUUGAGUUGUUCCACCCAUGUAAUUCUUCCAUCUCUUUUUAUAUUAGCUACAUGUGAUACCAACUCACGACCAUUGUAUUGUUUCACAUGCUCCUGAUGAGUUCCCUUAGAAUUAGGUAACUCCUGAUGAGUUCUCUUAGAAUUGGGUAACUAGCAUGAUCUCUAUUGUGCCGGUUGGGAGACUGUGGAGCCCCCGAGAAGCACAAUGACAUAUCUAGGAUGACAUAACUCAUGAAUUUAUUAAAAGGAGGUUCUGACCUAGCUUUCCUCAACCUGUGGUCCUGGCUUCACUGAGUCUUCUCAGAGUCUGGGGGAGAGGGAUCUGUGUUUGCAUAAUUGUGUGCAGGUAAUAAAAUAACAUGGAGAAGGAAGAUGAGCAGUCAGCAUCCUAGAGGAGCCUAUGGGUAGGUCUUAGUAAAAGGAUGAAACCUUGAAGAAGUGACCUCACUUCCUUGGUGAAAGACCCCAACAGAACUUAGAACUUUGGUAACCAGGCACUCACAUUUCUGAAGACAGUCUGUUAUCAAGCUUAGUUAGCCAGAGACUGUCAAGAGAGCAAGAUGUUCUGCUGUAUCCCAACUUUUCAAAGCUCUUGCUUCAGUGAGAGCCUUUUCUAAAGAUGCAGAAUUUGGCUCAGCUCUAAAUCCCCAACCUCCGUGCUUCAGGUCAUUUGGCAAGAGGUACCCCAAAGUAACCACAGGGUAGCCCUUUCCAGACCAAUCCUCACUUGAAAUCCCAUCUGGACAACCUCAUAUCCUCUCCUCAUCACCAUAUAUGUGUGUAGGGGUGGGGAGCAGAAGGAGAGGUGAGGCUAUUCCUGGGAAGAAGCAGGUUGUUAGGUGCUGGAACUCUACUGUGUUCAUACCCCAGGCCAUGGCUGGCAGGAUGGGAGGUGAGUGUUGGGGAUUAAGCUUGUUUACUCAGAUUUGAUUUUGAGACCUCAAGCUGUCAUGUGGCUUUUGCCCUGGCUGGAGGUUCAUGGAGAUGCUCCUCUGUGCCUAAUCUAGGAUGCAGAACUUUAAUCAGAGUAUCUCCUUGUGGGAACAGCCAAGCAGGCUACUAACACCUCUCAGACAAUUUGCUGGGUACUCUAUUUGCAGAAUUCCAUGCAGGAGAUCAGUGAAGAGCUGUUUGAUAGGUCCAACUGUAUCUCCUUGGAAAAAAGACAGUUGCGCCACAUCACCAACCAUGUUCAUUGCUGGGCAAGCAUGAGAGUGAGCACAAAACGUUCAUCACAGACAAGGACCUGAGAUGACCAGAGUGGGCCUAGGGCCUAAACCUGAAUAUACAGACUCCCCUGGGCUCUGUCCUAUAUUUUUGCCAAUUUACUGGCCGAUAGUCCCAUUCCCAAAGGAACCUGGCCUCCAUUAGUCCCCAGUGGCAGCUUGGCUAGAUGCAAAUUCCCUGUUCACAUACUUCUAGAAAUAUCAGAGAAAACACUUUGGCAUUGUUUUUACUUUAAAAUAGGCCAUGAAUAUCUUUGCAUGUUGUUGCUGUUUUUAUUGUUUUCACAACAAGUAUUCCAUGUAGCAGGCAGCUCCACUACUCUUCCAGACCUCCGAUCUUAACCAUCACUCUAAAUUGGGUGGUUUAUAUAGGAAAGGGAGGGGUUUAGGCUAUUCUAACAUUUGUCUAUAACUUUUAAUCUUAUAAAACAUAUCAUCAUAACCCUGCCAGGUCAGAACCUGUGCCCUCGCUUGUCUUCAUAAUAUUCCAUAAGGGAAGCUGUUUCCCACAAUGGUGCAGCCUUUCCGUGCUGGAGAAGACUGAGAUGAUUCAAUUCUGUGGUCAUCUCAGACACACCAUAGUGGGCAUCCUGUGUGUGUUCUAAUAGACUAUCAGUUUGCUGGGGCUGCCAUACCACAUUACCAGAUUAUCACAUGCUGGGUGGCUUUAGAAACAAACAUGUACUCAAUUAUGGAGACUAAAAAUCCUAUAUCGAAGUGUCAGCUAGGGUGAUUUCUCUCAUUCAGUGACUUCCAUUUUUAUAUUUUCAUGUUUGAUAUUUAAAACAUUUUAAAUUUGGUGAAGUAUAGUUUUCCCUUUUUGAUUGUCCUUUGGUGUAAAAUCUAAAAUAUCAUUGUCUAAUGCAAGGUUGCAAAACUUUAAUAUUCCUCCUAAGAAUUUUUUAGUUUCAGCACUUACAUUUAAGUGUAUGAUCUUUUUAACUUUUGUUUGUUGCUUGAUUGGCUUGUUUUUUGCUUUUUGAUGUGUGAUUUGAGUUAGGAGUGCAGUGUCAUUAUUUUGCAGGCCAAUAUCCAAUUUUCCAGUAUCAUUUGUUGAAAAGACUUUUCUUUCCUCAGAAAUUUCUUGGCCCCUUUGUUAAAAUCACUUUACCAUAAAUGCAUGUUUAUUAAUGAAACUUCCUGUCUAUUUCAUUGUUCUAUAUGAAUCUAUCCCUGUGCUACCACCACAGGCUUGAUUAUUGUUACUUUGUAGUGAAUAAAAAUUAGUUUUAUUGAGUUUAAGUUAUAGACUUUUGUUAUUCCUUUUUUUUUUUUUUUGAGUUGGAGUUUUGCUCUUCUUGCCCAGGCUGGAGUGCAAUGGCGUGAUCUUGGCUCACUGCAACCUCCGCCUCCCAGGUUUAAGCAAUUCUCCUGCCUCAGCCUCCCAAGUAGCUGGGAUUACAGGCAUGGGCGAUCACACCUGGCUAAUUUUAUAUUUCUAAUAGAGACGGGGUUUCUUCAUGUUGAUCAGGCUGGUCUUGAACUCCUGACCUCAGGUGAUCCACCCGCCUCGGUCUCCCAAAGUGCUGGGAUUACAGACGUGAGCCACCAUGCCCGGAUGAAUUUUGUUAUUCCUUUUAAGGAUUGUGUUUAUGUUUUUGGUUUUUGCAUAUAUAUGUGGAUUUUGAGAAAGCUUGUCAGUUUCUAUAAAAACUGUGGAAAUAUAGGAAAAUUUGAGAAACUUUGUCAAUUUCUAUAAAAACUAUAGAAGCUAUAGUUUAAAUUUGAAGAGACUUCAUUUAAUUUGUAGGUCAAUUUGUGGGGUAUUGUAUUCUUUACAAUAUUAUCAUUUAAUAUUGGAUUUUUUCCAUUUAUCUGCUCUUGGAUUUAUUUUAGCAUAAGAUAAUCUUCCAGUGUAAAGUCCUUGCAUUUCUUUCAUUAAAUUUAUCCAUGGGAGGAAGGGACCAAGAUAGCCGACUAGAAACAGCUGCAGUUGAAGGUUCCCAGUGAAAAGAAGGAAAACGGCAAGUGAAUCCUGCACCAGCAACUGAGGUAUCCAGAUUCUCUCAAUGGACUGACUACACAGUUGGCAUGACCAACUGUGUAGGAAAAGUAGGGUGAUGCUAUGGCUUACCUGGGAACCACACAGGUCAAGGGGAGCGCCCAACCCCGUCCAAGGGAGGCAGUGACUGAUCCUUCUACCCUGCCUGGGAAAUCAUUGCUUUUUCCAUGGAUCUAUACAACCUACAGAUCAAAAGAUCCCCCUCAUGAGCCCACACCACCAGAGCCUUGGGUCCCAAGCACAGAGCUGUACAGAUUUUCAGCAGCCACUUGGCUGGAGACUGCAUAAGACUACCUAGUUCUCAGGAGAGGGGUGGCCAUUAUCACUGCAACUGCCUGCUGCCUAAGAUGACUGAGCUCCCGGGGGGAGGGGUUCCAGGCUGCCAUUUUUCCCCUGCUGGUGCCAGGGAGAUUGGACAGUUUGGACCCAGAAGGAAUUCCCCACAGUGCAGCACAGCAGCUGUUGCAGAUUGUGGCCAGACUGCCUCUUUAGGCCAGACCCUGACCCAACCCUCCUCACUGAGGGUGAGGGGCCUCCCUAAAGGAAUUUUAGGAACUCCAGCCAGGGGUUUAGGGACAGAACUCUGAUCCCCCUGGGACUGAACCCCUGAGGGGAGGGGCAGCCACAGUCUCUUUGGAUCAGCCGUAUCCCCCUGCUUGCUCUGAGGAAUUCGGGCAGUCCAGAUGAGUGGGAUUCCCCUUGGGGCAGCACACUGACUCUGCCAAGGGGCAGCCAGAAUGCUUCAUUAAGUGGGUCCCAGAUCUCAUGCCUCCUGACUGGGUGAGACACCCCCAAACAAAAAUUGCCAGACAACUUAUACAGGAGAGCUCCUUCUGGCAUCAGAUCAGUGCCCCUCUGGGACAGAUCCCAGAGAAAGGAGCAGGCAGCUAUCUUUGCUGUUCUGCAGCCUCCACUGGUGACACCUCCAUGUGUGGGAGGAAUCCAGGCAAAUAGUGUCUGGAGGUGGACCCCCAGCAAACCAUAGCAGCCCUAUAGAAGAAGGCCCUGACUGUUUAAAACAGAAAGCAACAACAACAAUAGCAUCAACAAAAAAGUCACCACAAAAACCCCAUCCAAAGGUCAGUGCCUUCAAAGUUUGAAGGCAGAUAAAUUCAUGAAGAUGAGAAGGAAUCAAUGAAAAACCUCUAAAAACUCAAAAAGCCAGAGGGCCUCUUCUCCUCCAAAUGAUCACAACACCUCUCCAGUAAGAGGGAGAAGGCUGAGAUGGAUGAAUUGACAGAAGUAGGCUUCAGAAGGUGGGUAAUAGUGAACUUCACUGAGAUAAAGGAGCGUGUUCUAACCCAGUGCAAACAAGCUAAGAACCAUGGUAAAACAUAAGGAACUUAACCAGAGCAACCAGUUUAGAGAGGAACAUAAAAGACCUGAUGGACAACAUGAGAAUGUCAAAAUUUAUCACGAGUAUCACAAGUAUCACUAACCAAAUAGACCAGGCAGAGGGAAGAAUUUCAGAACUUGAAAACUGUCUUGCUGAAAUAAGAUAAGAUUAGAGAAAAAAGAAUGAGAAGGAUGAACAAAACCUCCAAGAACUAUGGGAUUAUGUAAAAAGAACAAACCUACAACUAAUUGGGGCACCUGAAAGAGACAGGGAGAAUGGAACCAAGUUGCAAAACAUAAUUCAGGGUAUCAUCCAGGAGAACUUCCCCAACUCAACAAGACAAGCCAACAUUCAAAUUAAGGAAAUCCAGAGAACCUCAGUAAGAUUGUUUAUGAGAAGAUCAAUCCCAAGACACAUACUCUUAGAUUCUCCAAGGUCAAAAUGAAGGAAAAAAUGUUAAGGGCAGCCAGAGAAAAAAGCCAGGUCACCUACAAAGGGAAGGCCAUUGGAAUAAUAGCAAACAUCUCAGCAAAAACACCACAAUCCAUAAGAGAUUGGGGGCCAAUAUUCAACAUUCUUAAGGAAAAGAAUUUUCAACUGAGAAUUUCAUAUCCAGCCAAACUAAGCUUCAUAAGCAAAGGAGAAAUAAAAUCUUUUUUAGACAAGCAAAUGCUGAGGGAAUUUGUCACCACUAGGCCUGUCUUUCAAGAGCUCCUGAAGGAAGCACUAAAUAUGGAAAGGAAAAACUAUUACUAGCCACUGCAAAAACAGAAGUACAAAGACCAAUGGCACUAAGAAGCACCUAUAUCAACAAGUCUUCAAAGUAACCAGCUGACAUCAUUUGACAGGAUCAAAUUCACACAUAACAAUAUUAACCUUAAGUGUAAAGAGGCUGAAUGCCCCAAUUAAAAGAUACACAAUGGCAAGCUGGAUAGAGUCAAUCAAGAUCCAUCAGUGGGCUGUAUUCAAGACACUCAUCUCACCUGCAAAGACACAUAUAGGCUCAAAAUAAAGGGAUGGAGGAAAAUUUACCAAGCAAAUGGAAAGCAGAAAAAAGCAGGGGUUGCAAUCCUAGUUUCUGACGAAACAGACCUCAAACCAACAAAGAUCAAAGAAGACAAAGAAGGACAUUAGAUAAUCAUAAAGGAAUCAAUUCAGCAAGAAGAGCUAAGAAUCCGAAAUAUAUAUGAACCCAAUACGGGAGGACCUAGAUUUAUAAAACAAGCUCUUAGAGACUUACAAAGAGAUGUAAACUUCCACACAAUAAUAGUUUGGAGACUUUAGCACCCCACUGUCAAUAUUAGACGGAUCAAGACAGAAAAUUGACAAGAAUAUUCAGGACUUGAACUCAGCUUUGGAUCAAGUGGACCUGAUAGAUAUCUACAGAACUUUCCACCCCAAAAUAAUAGAAUAUCAUUCUUCUCAGUGCCACAUGAUACUUACUCUAAAAUCAAUUACAUAAUUGGAAGUAAAACACUCCUCAUCAAAUGCAAAA